UAUAAAAUUCCUGAGAAAUAUGGGUAGGCUACGAAAAAGAUUUAAUGAAAAAGCAAGACAAAAAUCAAUUACUGCUGCACCCAAAUCAGACAUAAUCACAGAUGAAUUGACCAAAAUUGUACCAUUGAAUAAAGAGUCAUACCAAUCCACAAGAGAUGAGAGCAAUGCCAUUGUGUUGACAUCAAAGCAUGGUGAUGCAAAGAAGAUUAAAAAGCUAAAUGUUGGCAAAAAAGUACAAAAAUUAUCCAAAACACAAAAGAAAAAACUUGAAAAGGUAGUUGAACUUAAGAAGAAGAAAGAAAAGAGAGCUGAAAUUUUAAAGUCACUUUCUGAAUGUCAAGUUAGUCAAACAGAAUUGGCUCUGUAUAAGUCAACAUCAAGACUUGGUCAGGUUGCAAACACAAAAAGAAAAGUUGUUGAAUCUGAAGUGACGGAAAGCAUAUCAUCAACAGCUAAAAGAAAACGAAAAGCUAGGAAAAAACCCAGGGAAAUGCCAGCUGUUGAAACUGAGAUAUCAAUCAUAUCUAACGAAAGUGAAAGCAGCGAUAGCAGUGAUAGUGAACCAACGUCAGCUAAUGAUACAGAAAUAAAUGAAUAUGAGAGUACAUAUGUCCAGAAGAAGUUUGCUGAAAACGACCAAGUGCAAAGCCUAGAAUCCACUGUUGAAAAAAGUGAAAAGAAUUGCUCGGAAAUUUGUCAUGAUGAAAUAAACAUACCUGAAGAGAAGUACACAGUGCAUGAUGGUGAAGAUGCAAGUCCAAAUGAAUUUUCUUCAUUCCAACAAAGUGGAAAGGCACAAAUGAAAAAGAUAGAAGGAGAAGGCCAAGUUGUUAAAGAGAUUCCUGUUAAAGAAAAAAAGUUCACUACUCCUGUUUUUGUUCAAGUUAACAGAACUAAAGAAAUUCAGACUGCCCGUCUACUACUACCUAUUUUAUCAGAAGAACAAACAGUAAUGGAAACAAUUAAUGAAAAUGAUGUUGUGGUCAUAUGUGGCUCAACUGGAAGUGGAAAAACCACUCAAGUGCCACAGUUUUUGUAUGAGGCUGGGUAUGGAACAGACAGUUCACAUGCAGGUAUGAUAGGAAUUACUGAGCCACGGAGGGUUGCUGCAAUUAGUAUGUCAAAAAGAGUGGCACAAGAAAUGAACAUGCCGAAUAGCAAGAUAUCUUACCAAAUCAGAUAUGAAGGAAACUCAACAGAUGAAACAGUAAUGAAAUUUAUGACGGAUGGUGUAUUGCUAAAGGAAAUGGAAAAUGACUUUCUGCUCACUAAAUACUCCGUUAUAAUUAUUGAUGAAGCUCAUGAGAGAAGUGUGUACACAGAUAUCCUGAUUGGUUUACUAUCGCGUGUUGUACCACUUCGCAAAAAGAAUAAUAAUCCAAUGAAACUCAUUAUUAUGUCUGCCACAUUAAGAGUAGAAGAUUUUACAAAGAAUGAACGUUUGUUUAAAAUAUCCCCACCAGUGAUGAAAAUUGAUGCUCGUCAAUACCCUGUUACUAUACACUUUAACAGAAGAACAGCUGAAGAUUAUGUCUCUGAAGCCUAUAAGAAGGUUUGCAAAAUUCAUCGGACAUUAAAGUUGGAUGGUGGGAUAUUGGUUUUCCUUACCGGUCAAAAUGAAGUUUUAGCAUUAUGUCGUAAACUUUCAAAAACCUUUCCCAAAAAGAAUUGUACUAGUUCUACCAAGGUGACAAUUAAAACUUUUAAAGGAAAAAGCCAGAAGGAGGAGAGCAACUUACCAAAAAUAGAUUUAGACAGUUAUUCUACUGGUCUUGAAGACAAAAAAAAUGACGAUACUUAUGAUGAUUUUGAGAAUGACCAAGAUGAACAACUUUGCAGUGAAGUUGAGGAUGAAUCAGAGAAUGAAGAAGACCAAGAUCUUGAUACAUCUGUUUAUGCAGCUUCUGUUGAUGCCACGUUACCUCUUCAUGUGUUACCGUUAUAUUCAUUGCUGUCCAGUGAAAGACAGGCACAGGUUUUUGCUGAACCUCCAUCAGAUUGUCGCCUAUGUGUUGUGGCCACAAACGUUGCAGAGACUUCUUUGACGAUACCUGGAAUUAAAUACAUUGUUGAUUGUGGAAAGGUCAAACGAAAGUUCUAUGAUAAAGUUACAGGUGUUUCCACAUUUAGAAUUACAUGGACUUCAAAAGCAUCUGCUAAUCAAAGAUCUGGUCGUGCUGGACGAGUUGGACCUGGACAUUGUUAUAGGUUAUAUUCUUCUGCUGUGUUUCAAAAUGAUUUUGAAGAAUUUUCAGAACCUGAAAUUUGCCGUCGACCUGUUGAUGACUUGCUAUUGCAAAUGAAGAGCAUGUGUAUUGAUAAAGUAAUCAACUUUCCAUUUCCAUCCUCACCAGAUAUUUUAUCCUUGAAGGCCGCAGAAAAAUUGCUUUUAAAUUUGGGUGCGUUGAAAAUUCAAAGGACAAAACAAGGUAAGGAAUUAGCAAUAACCUCUAACCUUGGAAAGUCACUCUCCAAAAUUCCAGUCUCACCAAGGUUUGCAAAAAUGAUUUGGCUGGCUACUAAACAAAAGGGAUGCUUUCCAUACAUCGUAACAAUAGUUGCAGCCCUUACAGUUAAAGAAAUAUUCACUGACGAUGUUGAUUUAUCUGAUGUUCCUGACAUUGAGGCUGAAGACUUAAAGCAAAAGCGUGCUGCUAUUACUGUUGCUCGUAGGAAAUGGGCAGGUGAUGGUCCCUCUGCCUUGCUUGGUGAUUUGAUGGUUAUACUCCGAGCAGUAGGUGCUUGUGAAUAUUCUGGUUGUUCAGAACAGUUUUGCAAAGCAAAUGGACUUAGAUUUAAAGCAAUGAUUGAAAUUCGAAAAUUGAGAAGGCAACUUACGAAUGCUGUUAAUCAUGUCAAUUCGGAUGUGGCUGCAUUUAUUGACCCUAAAAUGAAACCUCCAACAGAUAAAACAGCUGUUGCAAUACGACAGAUCGUCCUUUCUGGUCUGUUCGAUCAUGUUGCAAGGAAAGUUCCUCCUGAAGAAGCUAGAUCGUUGAAAGUUAAAAACUGCUACAGAUGUUGUUCCACUGAUGAUCUUGUAUUCAUCCAUCCUACGUCUUCGUUAUUUUCGAAAUUACCAGAAUUUGUUGUCUAUCAUGAAAUUAUGGAAACAAGUAAAUUGUAUAUGAAAACCCUGUUCACUAUACAAGAACGCUGGUUACCCAAAUUUGCUCCACAUAUGUGUACGUACGGUAAACCCUGUGAGGAGCCGGUACCUAUUUACAGCAAUAAUGAAGAUUGUAUUGAAUGCUACAUGGCCUGUACAUUUGGCCCCCAUGUAUGGCAGCUACCUGUGCAACUUAUUCAGUAUCCUGAGAAACCAGAGAAGUAUAAGUGGUUUGCGAAGUACCUGUUGGAAGGAAAAAUCAUAAACCAAUUAAAGGAGUUCUCCCAUAGUUUAUUAACGCCAGCAUCAGUAAUGGUAAAGAGUUGGGCACAUCUUCAGCAAAAGACAGAGGUUUUAUUUAAUAGUCUUGUUACGGAAAGAAUUGACACUAAAGAAAGAUUGCUCAAAGUAUGGAAAGUUAAACCCAAAUUUUUGCUAAAAGAAUAUCUUCAAUGGAUACCAGAAGCUAAACAUAAUGAUGUUCGAGCCAUAUGGCCACCAAAUGAAUAAAGACGUCAUACUUAUCCUGGUGGAAAGUACAACAACAAACACGUUAGAAAGUUGAUGUAUUCAGGAUACAUAGACGAUGUUGUUUCGCACCUAUUACAACUAUUCAAUUUCAGAAUACCUUAUAUAUCAACUUUGAGAUGUCUUUUUAAAAAACGUGACAUGAUUUGAUAUAAGAAAUUUGUGUUAAAAGAGUAACUCAAUCAUUCAAGGUGACCGCAAAUUGGGUAUCAACAUAUGUUUUCAGUAAAGUGACAUAUUCAAAGUUUAUAUUUUAAUUUUAUGAGGAUUUUUUACGAAAAUAAAACAAAAUUAGGCAA